CACCGUGGCACCGCCCAUCAACGUUUACCAUGGAGGCAGUCCCAGCACUCCUUCCAGUUCUAAACCGAAUCCCUAACGAGGUUUUUCAAGACAUCAUCUCAUACUUGCCCAACAGUGACAUUAAAAACCUCCGGCUGGUGUGCAGGUUCUUCCGCAACAAGGUCUCGUCACAGCUGGAACGGGUCUUCUUGUCCGCCAACCCGCUCAACAUCCAAGUUCUCCGGAAUAUCGCCGACCACGACAUCUUCCGCCACGGUGUCGUGGAGAUUAUUUGGGAUGAUGCCCGCCUGGAGAGACCCUCUCGGACGGGAGACGAUGGCGAUGAUGACCACGAUGAUGACGACGAUGACGAGGAGGGUCUGGGCCAUGGCUGCCCGGGGUGGUUCGCGCGGGAGUGCAAGGAGAAUGUGGCUUAUUUGAAGAGGAGGAGGCGCUAUGACGUCGAUCGUUCGGAUCACAUUGCCCGAGCGAAGCUAUUGGAGGCCAAGCUUCCCCUGAGGGAAUCAUUCACAUACUUCGAGGAGCUGAUCCGGCAGCAGGAACAAGUCAUCGCGUCCGACGCCGACGCCCAGGCUUUCUGCUACGCGCUGAAGCGCUUCCCUCGCCUAAGAAGGAUCACUAUCACCCCUGCCGCGCACGGCUUUCUGUUUACCCCACUGUAUGCCACGCCCAUGAUCCGUGCAUUUCCCUAUGGCUUUAACUACCCCAUCCCGCGGAGUUGGCCGGGCAGGGGCCGAAAAGUUGUCGCUGAACCGGUAGUGCAACCCUGGGUUGAUGAGGAGGAGAAGGAGAAAUGGCGCGGUUUCCGCAUUGCCACGCGCGUGCUGGCCCAGGAGGAACCACGGCCGGGUCACGCAGCCGUAACGGAAUUCGUUGUCGACGUGAACCAACUCAACACGGGACUCAACUGUCGCAUCUUCGACGAGCCGUGCGACGAAUAUAACCACCUGGUGACCCUGCUCCGACGACCGGGCUUCUCUCGCAUCGACCUCCCCUUCAUCGUGGGCGGCCUCGAGUGGGACGACUGGCCCUCGUUUCGCAGCGGCUACCUGUUCCGCGCGCUUGCCGAAGCAAGCGACCUGGAGCACGUCAGUCUCGGGACCAACGUCGUCCCCGACCCCGACGCCUACGCAACGGAGCCAGGCAGCGCCGGUUUCGCGGCGCACUUCAUCCCACUGCGCACCAUCUUUCCCGUGGAAAAGUGGCCGCGGCUCCGCCACCUCGGACUCUCGCGUUUCCUUGUGAAGCAGAAGGACGUUCUCGCGCUGCUCGCCUCGCUUCCAGACACGCUGCGGUCCGUCGAGCUUAGCUUCCUCAUGUUCCUGGACGGCGGCGGCUCCUUCCGGGGGUUGCUGGACGACAUGCGCGACACCCUUGGCUGGCGCGAGCGACCGGUAGCUCACAGGCCUCGCGUCAUCGUCGGCAUGCCGUCGCAGCAAGCUGUGGAGGGGCGCGCCGUCUGGGCCGAUCAUGAGGUGGAGGCGUUUCUAAACGAACAGGUGGAAGAGGCCCACGCCGAUGUCGCCGAGAAAGACCACGAUGAUGAAUACCAUAGGCUGGAAAAGCGCGUACCCGGUACAGCGACCCGCUCCCCGAAGCCAAUCUCCAUUUGCGACGACGAUGAGCCAUUCCAGGUGCAAGUUAGAGGCAACCAUCGAUAUCCAUCGUUUCCCGCCCACGCCGAUUACCCCUGGGACACCAUCGAGGGUGGGCGAUGGGAUUCUAUUCCUCGCUACUGGGGCAACGCGUCGGCCGAUUGCUCUAACUGGCAGGUCGCGAAAUUGCAGCCGGCCGACACAUUAUUGCCCCCUGGCUCAUCCACGAGGAUCCGAGCCAAAUACCAGACUGAGCACGUCUUCGAAGGGCAACUCAUCGGCGACUUCUUUACUCAGUGGCUGGAUAAGGGCAGGAUCAUCGGCCAGGACCCCAUCCCACAGAACCCUACUCCCAGGGUGCCUUGUGCCUUCACUGACUUUUGGAUAUUGACAUGGGACCAAUCAGCUCCUUGGAUAGACCCCGUCCACGGGGACGUUGUAACAUUCGGCGAGUUAAUGGCGAUGCAGCUCGGUAGCAUCAAGAACCUUGACCGCUUGACCAUCUUCAAGGCGAGGCCAAACCAGAUGAAGGGGAAGAUGUUUACCGGACAUCAACCUGUCAGGGCAAGAGCAUACAAGGACAACAUGAGCCCCGAUGAACAACUCCAAGCAACCAAAGAAAUGGGGAUGGUGUUCACGUACCUUAACCAACAGAGCGUGUGGGACGCCUUCUGCGCGACCUACGAAGCUAUCUACGAACUAUUGGACGACUUCGACGUCUGGUACUCGCAGAAUGGCCAAGGUAUCGCGAUUCCUCCGCUGCAGGACGAGUGGAAGGAGUACAUCGAAGUAGUCUUGCGCUCGCUGGUUAGGCGCUCGCGAGCCACGUUCGAUUACUUCUAUACCACCGCGAUGGCGGAGUAUGACAAAGCCCUAUAUUCCCUAGAGUCUGACCCAUUGGGCAACGGGGAUUAUAUUUCCCAUUGGGUAGAGAACAGGUUGAACAAUAAGCAGCUUAUAAGGAUCAGUGGAACGUGUCAGAACUUGGACGCAAUCUCUGCUUGAGAAGGAGGGAGCUGCGAGACCAGUUGUUCUACAUAAGACGUACGUCACACGUGGACGAGUUUCAUGGUCAAAGUUGAUAUGGUAUAGGGAACAACGGAUUUGUCGAGCUACUAAAGUACAUGUACUCAAUACCCAAAAGGGAAAAUUAGCAGCGAGACAUAGACUUUAACUUAUAACACGGAGAUUCCAAGAGGGCUG